AUGCAUGAAAUUUGUAAUAUAUUAAAGGAAUACAUAGAACUUGAGAGUAGUAAUAUAAUUGAUUUAUUUAAAGAAUAUAGUAAAAGUAAUAAAGAUAAAAUGGAAGUUAAUUCAAAACUUAAAAAAAUAAAAUGUACUAAACUAAUGGCGUUCGACGCCAACGGUUUGUAUGCUUCCGCCAUGUCAGAUUUAGACAGCGAAUAUCCUAAAGCGGAAAGUGGUAGACCGUUUCUUCCAGAAGAAAAUAAAGAAUUUGUCAAGCUCUUUAAUGAGCAGAAAUUCAGAUCUAGAACAGCUAUUUUAAAAGUCUGGUUUGAAUAUCCUACUAUCAUGUUCUUCCAACCCAUAUCAGCUAAAGAUAAAAUUACUUUUACGAACCAAGAAGAUAAUAAGGAAACUGAAAUAGCUAAAGCUGGUGGACGAAUUAUUAGAAUAUUAGAUGGUAUAGUGUAUGAAGAAAAUUUUAAAACUCCACCAUAUACGGAUUAUAUUUUAAUUUUGAGAGAUCUAAGAAAUGAAUAUAAACGAGAAGAUCAGAAUAAGAACAGAAGAAAAUCCAAUAUCAAGAUUCUUAAUCCUAAUUUCUAA